UCGCCCACAAAAACAGCGCCUCUUGUCCCGGGAGGAGAGGCAAUCGAGAAUCCCACCUCCCGUCCAGAUCUCCCGCCAGAUCAACGCCGGCCCCCCGCCGUCCGCCGCCGCCGCCGCCGCCGCCACGACCGCCAUCUCCGACCUCAUCACUCUCUCUCGCUCGCGCCCGCUCUCGGCCUCGAGAAGGCGAAGGGAAGCGGGAGCCGGCGGGUUUGCGACCCCCGGCCGACUCCGUUCCCUCCCCCGGGGACCGCGCGCCAGCUCACCUCCUUUGCUCCCGGCGGCCUCCGCUUGAGAGGUCUCGCCUUCUCCAGCGAGGUCAACGGUGUCGCCGGAGCUUCGGCUCCGCCGGAGCUCGUUUCCGCCGGAUCUGAGUACGCUUCUGCAGAGUCCGCCUUGUUUCCUUUCCGUUCUCGGACGGAGAGGACGGAGAGCAGUCGGUGCUCGGCGGUCCUGAUCUUAAGAUCCGUUCGCUGCUCAUAAUCCGGCUCGCGCUUGCUCGGCGGCCUACAUUUUCGUUGGACAAAGUGCGCGGAUCGCCGCCGGUUCAAGCUCGCCGGAGCUCAUCUUCUUCAGAUCUGAUACGCUUUCUCCAAAGGUGAGGGCGAGGCGAAGAUGUCUCAAAGCACGAUCCGCAAGGCCCUCGGGGCGGUCAAGGACCAGACGAGCAUCGGCCUCGCGAAGGUCGCGAGCAACAUGGCGCCGGAGCUCGAAGUAGCUAUCGUGAAGGCAACGAGCCAUGAUGAUGAUCCUACUGAUGAGAAAUAUGUCCGCCGAAUCUUGAAUUUGACCUCGUACUCGCGUGGAUACGUGCAUGCGUGUGUUUCUGCGCUUUCAAAGCGACUUAGCAAGACACGUGAUUAUAUCGUGGCUCUCAAAUCCCUGACGCUCAUCCAUCGUUUGUUGAAUGAUGGUGGCCCGAUUUUCCACGAGGAGAUAAUGUAUGCGACUAGGCGUGGUGCUAGGCUGUUGAAUCUGUCUGAUUUUAGAGAUGAGGCUCACUCUAAUUCAUGGGACCACUCUGCUUUUGUGAGGACUUAUGGUAUGUAUCUGGAUCAGAGGCUUGAACUGAUUCUGUUUGAUAGAAAGAGCAGUGGCGGCGGCGGCAGCGGCGGCGGUCCUAGUGGAAGUGCUAAUGGUGGUGGUAGUGUUCGCAGUGAGGAUAGAUACGGAGGCAAAGAUGAUUUUAGGUCACCGCCACCCCGUGGGUCUGAUUAUGAUUACGGUGAUUAUAGAGGAGAGAAUGGAAAUUAUGGGGGAAGGAUGAGAAGGUCAAGGUCAUACGGGGAUAUGAGUGAUGCUGUGGUGGUGAGAGAUGGGAAAGAAGAGAGAAGGGUAGUGACGCCACUGAGGGAAAUGAAGCCAGAAAGGCUUUUCGGCAAAAUGGGUCACUUGCAGAGGCUAUUGGAUAGAUUCUUGGCAUGUAGGCCAACUGGUCUGGCGAAGAAUAGUAGGUUGAUCUUGGUUGCGUUGUACCCUGUUGUGAAGGAGAGUUUUCAGAUAUAUGCUGAUAUCUGUGAGGUUUUGGCUGUUUUGCUCGAUAAGUUUUUCGAUAUGGAGUACCAAGAUUGCGUCAAGGCUUUUGAUGCUUAUGCCAGUGCUGCUAAGCAAAUUGAUGAGUUGAUUGCAUUCUAUAAUUGGUGUAAGGGUACAGGAGUGGCAAGAUCGUCCGAGUAUCCUGAAGUGCAAAGGAUUACCAGUAAGUUGUUGGAGACAUUGGAGGAGUUUGUGAGGGAUAGAGCAAAGAGGCCCAAGAGCCCCGAGAGGAGAGAGGAAUUGCCUCCUGUGGCUCAGGAGGAGGAGCCUGUGCCUGAUAUGAACGAGAUAAAGGCGUUGCCUCCACCAGAGAAUUAUACUCCUGCACCACCACCAGAGCCAGAACCGGAGCCACCGAAGCCGCAAGUGACAGAGGAUCUGGUGGAUCUGAGGGAUGAUGGAGUCACUGCUGAUGAUCAAGGUAAUAAAUUUGCAUUGGCUCUGUUUGCGGGGCCACCAGCUAAUACUGGCAAUGGUUCAUGGGAAGCAUUCCGAUCUAAUGGUGAGCCAGAAGUGACUUCUGCUUGGCAAAACCCAGCUGCUGAAGCGGGCAAGGAAGAUUGGGAGUUGGCAUUGGUGGAGACAGCCAGUAACUUAUCAAAACAGAAAGCAGCUUUAGGUGGUGGACUUGAUCCGUUGCUACUGAAUGGCAUGUAUGACCAGGGAAUGGUGAGGCAACAUGUGAGCACUACUCAAUUGAGUGGAGGUAGUGCGAGCAGUGUUGCUUUACCUGGUCUUGGCAAGAGCACAACCCCAGUACUGGCUCUCCCUGCACCUGACGGAACUGUCCAAACGGUUAACCAGGACCCUUUUGCUGCAUCAUUAAGCAUCCCCCCUCCUUCAUAUGUACAGAUGGCAGAUAUGGAGCAGAAACAGCAUUUGCUUGUGCAAGAGCAGCAACUAUGGCAGCAGUAUGCAGUGCAUGGAAUGCGAGGCCAAGCCACCUUGGCCAAGAUCAGUGGGGCGGGUUACUAUGCACAAGGUCCUCUUCCUACAAUGCCUUAUGGCAUGCCACCAGUUAAUGGAAUGGGGCCGCCGACUGGGUACUAUCAUUCUCCUUAUUGAUGUUACUUGCCUAUACCUAUACAACUCUUUUUUUGCUUUGUUAUCGAGUUAUGUAUUUAGUUGUAUGUUAUGUUAUGAUCCUUUUUAUACUUCUGGUGCACGGGAAUUGGAAGAGGGAAGAAUGAACCGAGAGAGUAUUCAUUUUGAUGAAGAUUGCCGGAUGCUGACAUCCGGGGGGAUCCCGCACCUGUUUGUGCUUCUUGUAAUAUUAGAAUUUCCAUGAACUCUGGCCCUCUUGUGCAGUCAAUGCUAGUAUAACCAGAACUAAUUUGUCAUCGUGUAGUAACUUCAUGCUUUGUUGUUUCAUGUGUAAAAGUAGACUGACUACCGAAACCAGUCAAACGCUCCCCGUCAUGAGUAUGCAUGGAAUUGUUUCCAGAGUGUUCAGUUCUUCAAUCUAGAUUUUUGUUUUUGCUG